AUCAUCGGUAGGUUUUGAAUUUGUAUAAAACGUUAUAAAAUUUUUAAUCUUCAAAAGAAUAUUAAAUCUAUUCUGAAAUCUAUUUUGAAACACCAAAGUAAAAAUGACAGUAAAAACUUUACAAUGUACUUCUUUUUUCUUUUUUUUACUUGUUAUAACAUCAAAUAUAAAUGCAUUAUCAUGGCAGGAAGUUGUGAAUCGCUUAGAGAAUAUGCUACAUUUUAUAGAUUUUAGUGAUGAUACACAAUAUCAAUUGGCAAAAAAUAUGAAAUAUAUUCAUGACUCAGCAGAUUUCCUGAAAUCAGAAUUGGUAGACGAGUAUAUUAUUAAAGGCCUGAAAGCUUCUGAAGAAGGUGUCUAUACAUUUUGUGCUCCGAGGAACACAGUCAAUAAACUGACAAAGUUUGCUCUUAAUAAUUACACACAUCUAUCCAAAGAUAAUAAAACAAUUUUUUGUAAUUUUCUCAAAAAAAAAGAUGUAAAUAACGAUGGUAUAAUUGAUUUAAAUGAAUUUAUCAGUUUCAAUAAUGACUGGAGUUCAAAAUAUUUUAAGGACUAUAAAAUAGACGAAAGCCCGAAAUUUAAAAAUAUUAAGUAGUACUGCGAGUCAAUUAAAAUUAAAUUUUUAUUUAUUUGUAUAAUAUUUAUCAUGAUACAUUUAGCAAUAUCUAGAGUCUGAAAUUUUCUUUUAAAAUUGAUGUAAUUACAUAUAUAAAAACAAUAAAAGCUGAAUUUAUUUUUAUUAGGAAAUUAUGAUAACAGUAAUAUUUCAUUUUGUUAGAAUAUUUACAGUUAUAUAAAUUUCUCUUUGUGUUGACAUUGAAUUCGUUGCAGAGUUCAACUUGAGAGCGAUAAUUAUAGGUCCAUAUAUAAACUCUGCAAAAAGACAUUUUCAUGUCAACUAAAUGGCCCCCAUAGGGACAUUAUUGACUUUGCAACGAGUUAGAAACGACAGCAUAAAACUGAACACAUGUAUAUAUCUGUAAAUACUCUAAAUUACAUAACAAUCCAUGAAAGUCUUAUUUAUUUCAUUGUAAAAAUCUUUUUAUAUAAAUCAAUUUAUUAAAACUUUUUUGGAAUUAAUUAAGUUAAACCUCAAAAAAUUAUAAUUAAUUACUUGUUACCAGUUAGUUAAAAUAAAUAAAAAUUAACCCAUAUUUAUUUAGUAAAGAUAUAUUUUAAUAGCAUUCAUACCAAUUCAUUUUCUUUAAAUUUAUAAUUGAUUUCAGUAUAGAACGAAUUUGUGCAAAAAUAAUUAAAUAAAACCGUUUUUUGUUUAAU